AUGUUGAUGGAUAUUGACGAUUUUCGCGAAACCAAGCUUCUGACUUUCAACAAUCGACUGCAGGAGUACGCUUAUUGGGCGAAGCCUUUAAGCCAAGCCGUCAUCGUGUUCGUGGCAGAUGUCGCUGCUUUGGCUUCACAGGCCUCUCAUAUUAUUCUUAGCAGGGAUUGGAUUGUCGUCAUUUCUGCUGGUGACAGAGCUCUACUUUCUAUACAGUAUAAAACAAUUUCUGAUCAAUCCUGUGCUGCAGGUUACAAUUCAGUGAUGAGAGCCAUUGAUCUGGGCUCAAACAUCCUCGCUCCGAGCAGUGUUGGCUUUGUGAUGAGCUUGAUGUCCGCGAAGUCCGCUGCUGUCUUUCUCAGCGCCUGGAAUAUCGUUUCCAUGGCAAUCGAAUACAUGCUGCUCACAAACAUUUACAAGAGCUUCCCUGAUUUGGCCGUGAAAUCUUUGACAACGGAUAAUCAAGAAUCUUUCUUUUCGCCGGAUGGAAGUGUGGAAGACCAAGCAAAAAUUGAAAAGCGUGGAUCUUCGGAAUGGUUAAAUACUUGGCUCAGUUACUUCAAUCACGAAGUUUUCGCCGCCGCAUUUGGAUUGUCGCUCUUGUACAUGACCGUGCUAGGAUUUGAUCAUGUAACCACAGGUACGAUUUUGGACAAUGAUUCAGUAAGCAGUGAACGCGUUGUGUCGCAUCGAAACCAGAAUAUCAGAAGCUUGAGUAUAAUUUGCGUGGUGGUACUCGUCCCCUACGCGUAUUCUCAAGGAGUUGAACCGUGGGAGCUUGGGAUGUUCUCUAGUGCAGGAGCACUGGUUGGGAUGGCCGGAGCGCUGAGUUUCCCUUUCCUGACGGCCAAACUUGGGUUACACCGAACUGGGAUUCUAGGUUUCACUUCGGAGGCUCUCAUGCUUUCCGCAUGUUUGUUGUCCAUCUUCCUGCGUGGAUCCCCUUUCAAGCUGUACGUUUGUCACCUGCUGUCGUCUUGGGGAGACAGAAUGUGGACAUUUGCCGUCGGGCUGUACAUGAUGAAGUUGUACCCGGAUUCUUUGAAACUGACAGCCAUUUACGGCAUAACUGUGUCCGCAUCCAUCAUAAUUUUUGGGAGCUUUAUCGGGGCUUGGAUCGACAGAACCUUCCGGAUCCGUGCUGCCCGAGUAGCCUUGCUGACACAAAACACCAACGUUGCCGUCUGCGCGCUGUUCUUGUUGAUAGUACUGACUUUCAACAAUCGACUGCAGGAGUACGCUUAUUGGGCGAAGCCUUUAAGCCAAGCCGUCAUCGUGUUCGUGGCAGAUGUCGCUGCUUUGGCUUCACAGGCCUCUCAUAUUAUUCUUAGCAGGGAUUGGAUUGUCGUCAUUUCUGCUGGUGACAGAGCUCUACUUUCUAUACAGUAUAAAACAAUUUCUGAUCAAUCCCGUGCUGCAGGUUACAAUUCAGUGAUGAGAGCCAUUGAUCUGGGCUCAAAUAUUCUCGCUCCGAGCAGUGUUGGCUUUGUGAUGAGCUUGAUGUCCGCGAAGUCCGCCGCUGUCUUUCUCAGCGCCUGGAAUAUCGUUUCCAUGGCAAUCGAAUACAUGCUGCUGACAAACAUUUACAAGAGCUUCCCUGAUUUGGCCGUGAAAUCUUUGGCAACGGAUAAUCAAGAAUCUUUCUUUUCGCCGGAUGGAAGUGUGGAAGACCAAUCAAAAAUUGAAAAGCGUAGUGGAUCUUCGGAAUGGUUAAAUAGUUGGCUCAGUUACUUCAAUCACGAAGUUUUCUCCGCCGCAUUUGGAUUGUCGCUCUUGUACAUGACCGUGCUAGGAUUUGAUCAUGUAACCACAGGUACGAUUUUGGACAAUGAUUCAGUAAGCAGGCUCUGUUUUCGCACUUAUUCUUCUAGAGCUAGUAGUUCGAAUUUCCGGCUUUCUUUUCCAGCCUACGCGUAUUCUCAAGGAGUUGAACCGUGGGAGCUUGGGAUGUUCUCUAGUGCAGGAGCACUGGUUGGGAUGGCCGGAGCGCUGAGUUUCCCUUUCCUGACGGCCAAACUUGGGUUACACCGAACUGGGAUUCUAGGUUUCACUUCGGAGGCUCUCAUGCUUUCCGCAUGUUUGUUGUCCAUCUUCCUGCGUGGAUCCCCUUUCAAGGUACGCUACUUUUCUUUCGAUAUUCAGGGGAUUUCUCGAAAGUGGUACUGUUCCCCUGCUGUAAAUCAUCAUGGAGGCAUAAAUGAAGUCUGUCUAUCUAUUGUUAACAGCUAG